AUGGCCGCAACAUUCUCGUCUCCCAGCCUCCAAAAGGGGCAGUUCCAUGACUCUUUGUUCCUGAAGGUUUCCGCGGGCCUUGUUGCCCUGGGAGUGUUUCUAGCAGUGCGGUUUCUCUACAGGUACCGCAAAGCCUUGAGACAGUUCCCUGGUCCUCCCGUCAAGUCAUUCUGGACGGGGAACCUAGAUCAGACCAUGGCAGAUGACAUCCACGAGAAGUGGCGCAGAUGGCACAUCCAAUAUGGCUCUGUCUUCCAGACUUGGAAUGGCCCCUGGGACCGCACCAUCUACGUUGGCGAGCCUUCUCUCGUCUCCAAGAUUGCCAACCAGAACUGGCCCAAGGCACCGGCCCAGUACGAAGGCUUCAAGCCCUUGAGUGGAAGCGCGUUGUUUGCUCAGAUGGACCACACGAGGUGGCACAGACAGAGGAAGGCUCUUGCGCCUGCCUUUGGUCCUGCUGUCGUUAAUGCCCAGUUCCCCAGCUUGAGAAAAUACCUGACGCAAUACGUCGGCUUCCUUGACCGCUCGGCGUCAAGCGGCCAGGUCGUUGACUUCUCGCUUCUCAACGUUCUCCUCACCCUGGACUUUGUGGGCGAGGUUGCCUUUGGAAUUGACCUCCACGCCAUCGAGCAGGGAGAGAAAUGCCGUGUCAUGCAAAUAUUCCAGACAGUCCUCCCCGAACUGAUGAAGUGCGGUCUCUUCCCUCUCCGCGCGAAGAUCCCAGUCCUGAAGAGCACGCGUGAGAUGCAUGCAGCUAUUGCGGAGCUGCGGUCACUGGCCAACGGGGCUGUUCAGGCAUGCCGAAAGAACGACACGCCUGACAGCAAGCCAGCAAAGCGUAUCUUUGAGAUCUUGGCCAAGCAACGUGAUGGUAAUGGCCAGUACAUGUUCAACAUGAAGGAACUGGUUGACAACUACGUAACAUUUCUGGUUGCUGGGGGUGAUCCCACAGCUCACACCAUCACGUUCUGCAUCUACGAAGUCCUGAAGAACCCGGAAGUUCUGAAAAAGCUCCGCGCCGAGCUCGACAACGUCAUCCCCGCCGACUGCAUCACGCCUUCCAUCGAGCAAGUCAAGCUGCCCUACCUGAACCGCGUCAUCAAGGAGACGCUCCGCAUGCACGGCCCGGGUUUCGGCACCUUCCGGUACUGCACCCGAGACACUGAGAUCGACGGCGUCGUGCUUCCUGCCAACACCACGCUCGCGCUUUGGAAUCCUCAAGUGCACCGCGACCCCAAUGUGUGGGGCUCCACGGCGAACCAGUUCAACCCGGACCGGUGGGGCGAUGACCACGCGGCCCCCAAGCCCGGGUCUUACUUCCCGUUUUCCUACGGGCCGAGGAACUGUCUCGGCCAAGGACUUGCCAUGCUGCAGAUGUCGCUCGCGUUGGCGACGCUGUUCCGCCGCUAUGAUUUGGCGUUUGAACCGGGCUUCGAAAUGGAGUUUUUGCCCAGUUUCACGCUGUGUGCUAAAAAUGGCUUGCGUAUUUGCGUUUCUCGCAGGGAAUGA